UUGAUGAGUGAACCAGUGAGUAGGUUUCCAGAGAGAACAAAAAGAGGGAAACCAAAGCUCUGCAACACAAGACCGCCAACAGAAGCAUCCUUCACAAGUUGAGCAUUCGGCUGCUACACAACAGGAUUUGAAACCCUGAUCAGAUCUGAGGUGGAGCUCUGCUUGACCUUCCUGUGCAGACGGCUCUGUUAGUGACAAGUGAGAAUGCUCUGGAGAUUGACUCUUGCCCUGGCUGUGGUGUGCGUCGGUGGCAUCUGCAGCUGUGUGAAGGCGGACACGAUGAGCAGACUGCUGCUGCCGAGGGACUACGGGGUGAAGCUGUGCGGGAGAGAGUUCAUCAGAGCGGUCAUCUUCACCUGCGGCGGCUCGCGCUGGAGACGCUCCACAGACGGGGACAUAGCUCCCUUCCAGUGGAGUUCCCUCAGUGAUGUGACAGUGGGGGACGACCAGCCAGACUGGCAGCCUGGCACAGAGCUUUCAGCAGAUAAGCCUUCUCCGCUCCUCAUCAGCUCCUCUUCCUCCCUGGCGGACCUCCUGGCUCUGUACGUGGCCCGCAGAGAAAGGCAGCAGCUGCCUCUGAGCGACUUCGCCCCUCAGUCGCAGCCUUUCACUGUUUUAGGUGAGCAAGACGGGAACCCAGCCGCAGGGGACUGGCCCGUAGCGAGCAAGAAGAAGAGGAACUUUUCUCUGGGUGUGGCCGGGAAGUGCUGCAGUCAGGGCUGCACCAAGAACGAUAUUGGACGCUUGUGCUGAUUCAGGGAGCAGAGCGGCUGUGACAUGAAGGUGUAAUGGACAGUGUUGAUGUUAAAUAUGGAGGAGAGAAAGUUCACAUCUGCUUUUCAUAGGUUUAAGUGAGCCUAAUAUUUAAAAAAUGAUAUAUUUUCUUUACUUUCCUUGUUUGAUAUUUUGUUAAUCAUGUAUAAUAAUAUCAUGUUCUGUAAGUAACCCUUUCAGCAUCACUGAAAAUAAAUUCAAACUGUGUUAAUAUUAAAUCUUCAGCCUUAAAGUGUCCUUUGUUUAUUUG